ACGGAGGCGAGCUUAGCGCGUCGAAGAUAGCUCUAUGGUUUUCCUCCCGUUCUUCAGUCGGGGAAAUGGCCGCUGUGUAGUUACCACGAAGAUUAAGUCCCGGGAACCUGGCUUCGCGUGUCAAGGAAUUUGAAUUUAGAGUUUACUAUCUGAGAACAUUUUCUUCAGGAAGAAUUUUACAGUAUCUCAAAGACUUCACUUGAUUGCUCUAACCUGCAUAAAAUCUAAGGAGUAAAGAAAUGGGUCGCUCCAAUUCUAGAUCACAUUCUUCAAGAUCAAAGUCUAGAUCACAGUCUAGUUCUCGAUCAAGAUCAAGGUCACACUCUAGAAAGAAGAGAUACAGUUCUAGGUCUCGUUCCAGGACGUAUUCAAGAUCUCGUAGUAGAGAUCGUAUUUAUUCUAGAGAUUAUCGGCGAGAUUACAGAAAUAAUAGAGGAAUGAGAAGACCUUAUGGGUACAGAGGAAGGGGUAGAGGGUAUUAUCAAGGUGGAGGAGGUAGAUAUCAUCGAGGAGGCUAUAGACCUGUCUGGAACAGAAGACACUCUAGAAGUCCUAGACGAGGUCGUUCACGUUCCAGAAGUCCAAAAAGAAGAUCCGUUUCUUCUCAAAGAUCCCGAAGCAGAUCUCGCCGGUCAUAUAGAUCCUCUAGGUCUCCACGAUCAUCCUCUUCUCGUUCUUCAUCCCGAUAUAGCAAAUCUCCUGUCUCUAAAAGACGAGGGUCUCAGGAAAAACAAACCAAAAAAUCUGAAGGGGAGCCCCAAGAAGAGAGUCCUUUGAAAAAUAAAUCGCAGGAGGAACCGAAAGAUACAUUUGAGCAUGACCCAUCUGAAUCUAUUGAUGAGUUUAAUAAAUCAUCAGCCACAUCUGGUGAUAUUUGGCCUGGCCUUUCUGCUUAUGAUAAUAGUCCUAGGUCACCCCAUAGUCCUUCACCAAUUGCUACGCCACCUAGUCAGAGUUCAUCUUGCUCUGAUGCGCCCAUGCUCAGUACAGCCCACUCUGCAAAAAACACCCCCUCUCAGCAUUCACAUUCCAUUCAGCAUAGUCCUGAAAGAUCUGGGUCAGGUUCUGUUGGAAAUGGAUCUAGUCGAUACAGUCCUUCUCAGAAUAGUCCAAUUCAUCACAUCCCUUCGCGAAGAAGCCCUGCAAAGACAAUCACAACACAGAAUGCUCCAAGAGAUGAGGCUAGGGGACGUUCUUCAUUUUAUCCUGAUGGUGGAGAUCAGGAAACUGCAAAGUCUGGAAAAUUCUUAAAAAGGUUCACAGAUGAAGAGUCUAGAGUAUUCCUGCUUGAUAGGGGUAAUACCAGGGAUAAAGAAGCUCCAAAGGAGAAAGGAUCAGAGAAAGGAAGGGCAGAGGGAGAAUGGGAAGAUCAGGAAACCCUAGAUUACUUCAGUGAUAAAGAAUCUGGAAAACAAAAGUUUAAUGAUUCAGAAGGGGAUGAUACAGAGGAGACAGAAGAUUAUAGACAGUUCAGGAAGUCAGUCCUUGCAGAUCAGGGUAAAAAUUUUGCUACUACAUCUCACCGAAAUACUGAGGAGGAAGGAAACAAGUACAAGUCCAAAGUUUCACUGAAAGGCAAUAGAGAAAGUGAUGGAUUUAGAGAAGAAAAAAAUUAUAAACUUAAAGAGACUGGAUAUGUAGUGGAAAGGCCUAGCACUACAAAAGAUAAGCACAAGGAAGAUGACAAAAAUUCUGAGAGAACAGUAAAGAAAGAAACUCAGUCACCUGAGCAGGUAAAGUCUGAAAAGCUCAAAGACCUCUUUGAUUACAGUCCCCCUCUACACAAGAAUCUGGAUACACGAGAAAAGUCUACCUUCAGAGAGGAGAGCCCACUUAGGAUUAAAAUGAUAGCCAGCGAUUCUCAUCGUCCUGAAGUCAAACUCAAAAUGGCCCCUGUUCCUCUUGAUGAUUCUAACAGACCUGCUUCCUUGACUAAAGACAGGCUACUUGCUAGUACACUUGUCCAUUCUGUCAAGAAGGAGCAAGAAUUCCGAUCCAUCUUUGACCACAUUAAGUUGCCUCAGGCCAGCAAGAGCACUUCAGAGUCAUUUAUUCAGCACAUUGUGUCCUUGGUUCAUCAUGUUAAAGAGCAAUACUUCAAAUCACCUGCGAUGACCCUAAAUGAGAGGUUCACUUCCUAUCAGAAAGCCACUGAAGAACAUAGUACCCGCCAAAAGAGCCCCGAGAUACACAGGAGAAUUGACAUCUCUCCAAGUGCCCUGAGGAAGCAUACCCGUUUAGCAGGGGAAGAGAGAGUUUUCAAAGAAGAAAAUCAAAAGGGAGAUAAAAAAUUAAGGUGUGAUUCUGCUGAUCUUCGGCAUGACAUUGAUCGUCGGAGAAAAGAAAGAAGCAAAGAACGGGGGGAUUCCAAGGGCUCCAGGGAAUCCAGUGGAUCAAGAAAGCAGGAAAAAACUCCAAAAGAUUACAAGGAAUACAAAUCUUACAAAGAUGACAGUAAACAUAAAAGUAGAGAGCAAGAUCAUUCUCGAUCUUCAUCCUCUUCAGCAUCACCUUCUUCUCCUAGUUCUAGAGAAGAAAAGGAGACUAAGAAGGAAAGAGAAGAAGAAUUUAAAACUCACCAUGAACUGAAAGAAUACUCGGGCUUUCCAGGAGUUAGUCGACCAAGAGGAACCUUUUUUCGAAUUAGAGGCAGAGGAAGAGCCAGAGGAGUUUUUGCUGGGACAAAUACUGGUCCAAACAACUCAAAUACUACUUUUCAAAAGAGACCGAAGGAAGAGGAAUGGGAUCCAGAAUAUACCCCAAAGAGCAAGAAGUACUUCUUGCAUGACGACAGAGAUGAUGGUGUCGAUUAUUGGGCCAAAAGAGGAAGAGGUCGUGGUACUUUUCAACGUGGCAGAGGGCGCUUUAACUUCAAAAAGUCAGGUAGCAGUCCAAAAUGGACUCAUGACAAAUACCAAGGGGACGGGAUUGUUGAAGAUGAAGAAGAGACCAUAGAAAAUAAUGAAGAAAAGAAGGACAGGCGUAAAGAAGAAAAGGAAUAAUAAACCUGACAUGAGAUUGCAACAGAGAACAGAACUUGCACCCACCAUUUUUUUUUUUACAUGAUUUUUGUUUUCAAAUAAGAAUGUAAGCAUUUUACUUAAAUUUUACUGUUUGCAAGUAGUCUAUAGAAGUUUUGUUUUAAGUCUUCAAAUAUCUUGAAAAACAGUAGACUGUAUGUUGAAAAUUGAACUGAAAUAAAGUAGAAAAUUGUUAAUGUACCCUAUUUGUAACUAUCAACUUUUAAAAAUAAUACUUUUACUGUUUUUGUUACAUGCAUUGUUAUUCUGCUUUGUCUAUAAGAUAUGGUCAAGUACAGCUCUGUGAAAGAUCUGAUUCUCUUCCCUCCCUGUUUGUUAAUGUUUAUGCUGAAGUAAACUUUAGCUCUACAUACAGGUUUCUGAACCGAAGUUUAUAGAGACCACACCUAGUUAUUUUUAACUGUAUACAUCUGUUUUAACAUUUUCCUUAAUUCAAAGACACUACAUUGUAGGGUGACUAAUUUUUGAAGUGUACCCCAGAAAACAGUUAUUACUUUGGUAAACUUAAGCUAGUUUAACACUUCAGCAAAUGUUUGAGAAGAAAAACAGCUUUGCCAAGAACUAAGAAAUACAAGCUCAUAAAAGUUAGAUUACAAAGUAUUAGUUUAUUGAUGUGUUUGUGGUUUUUUUUUUUUCUUCGUUUUUUUUUUGUUUUUUUUUUGUUUUUUUUUUUCUGAGAGCAAGCAGUGGCCUAUAAAAACCACACUUAAGAGCCAUUACUAUUUGGAUUCAAAAUUCAGUAUUCAAUUUUUAUUUCAAAGUAUGAGUCAUGGUCUUAGCAGCUAUUCUUUGAGAGAGGGAAAUGUUUUGUAAUAAACACAGCAAAGAAAAACCCCAUUCCUGCUAAACAUUUUUAUUUUUAAGACGACAAAAUCUGUAAUUGUGAUGUUGUGGUAUGGAAGAGGAUUAUAUCCUGCAAAAUAAAGAUGUAUCUGAUUUGCUAUCUUACAUAUUUAUUUGAGCUUUUGGACAGUGGAAAUAUUAGCUUAUAGUCUAACCAUAAGAAAAAAUUGGCAAACAAUACUGUUCAUUAGUUGUAUUUUUAGUAACUUGUUUUUCAAAUGUCAACAAUAAAAGUUUUGACAGGAAGUUUGUGGCAGCAUUGAUCUAACUUGAUUUUACUUUUUUUGCCCCCUAAUUUCAGCAGUUUGUAAAAUGGCCUUUUCUUUUUCUUUCCUAGGGUUCUAUUUUUUAGGUAGAUAAUCUUGAAAAUGUGAAUUACCUUUAUGCUUAUGCUGAUUGCUCUUAAAGGAAUGAAAAUCCGAAAUAGUAAAUUUCAAUGUUAAGUAUGUCUGCUUUAUGAGCAUAUAUAAAAGUAAUCAAAUUUCAUUAAGUUAGCAAUUGAAUUAGUUGUAUAUGUUUGCAUUAAAAGGAGAUGAUGCUUAUUCUGCUAAUGUAAUCUUUUAAAGAUCUUAAGUAUAUAGCCUUUUCAUUCUCAUUUUAUGAUUUGCAAUCUUUCUAGCACCUUGAUUGCAGCCAGGGUAAUUUGAAUUUGCUAAGAGCUAUUGGGUGUGUUGAGAGGAGGGGGGUUGGGAACCAAACCUCAAUAUGUGAUUUUUAUGGCCCUAAGAUCUUUAAUAUUGCCUGAUUUCUCCUGUUUGUUUUGUCUUCUGAAAUUGCUAGAGCAGAGGAAUACUGUCAAAGCAAGUAUAUGUGUUGGAUUGAUCAGACAUAACUAAUACCCUUCCAGUUAGAAUAAUUACUUGCUAAGCGACGUGGGUUUGAUUUCAAACACAGGAGAAUGGUUUUCACAAGCAUUUUAUUUUAUACAAAUAAAUUUAGCUUUUAUUUUAACAGUUAUUUUGUUAAAUACUAAAUCUCUAUGCAUGGCCUUAAAUAUGCAGUUUUGUUUUUGUGUUUUUUGCACUGAAGACAUAGAAGAAGGGAAUUUGCUGAGAAAUUAUUUACUAGGGAGUUGGGAAUAAAGCUACUUAAGUCCUAUCAAGUUUUAUUUUAAGUAUUGUUUUAAUCCAGAUAUGUUUAGGAGUCCAUUACUUUAUUCAAUUAAAAUUGAGGAAAGAGCAUGCUACCAGAAUAUAGUAGGAAGGAUGAUUGUGAAUGUUGUCUUUUUCAGAAAAAGUCAAGCAUAUAAAACGUAGUUUGUGUAUUUUUAUUUUAAAUUGAUUUAGAGAAGAAAGGGGUGGGAGUGGGGUGGGGUGGGAGGCGGGGGGAGAGCAACAUUGAUCAGUUAGUUGCCUUCUGCUUGUACCCUGACCAAGGAAUUGAACCUGCUGGGUAUGUGACCUGAAAGCAAAUUGAACCUGCCACCUUGUGGUGUACAGACAACACUCCAAACAACAGAGCCACAUCAGCCAGGGCUUGUGUGUAUUUUAAAACCACAAUGUAAUUCCACAUUUCCUGAUGUUAUAGAAGUUAAAUGGUUUCUCUUGGUAAGGAUAUUUGUUUACAAGUGCCAGAAAAAGAAUGACUAUCUGCAUUAACAUUUCCUUUUGCCCAGAGAUGGAAAAUAAAAACCAACCAAAGGAUAUUUCUAGAACAGAUAGCUGUUUAAGAAGGCCAUGACUCAGUCUUUAGAUGUGUAUACCUUUCAGUAUCUUAAGAAUUUUAAUAUAAAAAGCAAAAUAGGUUUUUCCAAUUACAGCCUAUACACUAAGGAAUUACUAUCGUUUCCUUCUGUCACCAUUAAAAUCAAGUGUUGGGAAUUAUAAUUUGAGACGAAAAUAUUAAGAAUAAAUGUAGAUGGCUCAACGAUUCUUACUCAGUGUGAUGUAUAAUGCAACAGGGAUUCUUGUAAAUUGUCAUAUGCCAAUAAAAAUGUCAUAAGUGGUAA